AUGGAAGCUACAUCUUCCAAAAGACCAAGACAAACCAAAUCAUCCGCCCGCCGUCAGAAGCCUAGGACUCCGUCACCUCCAUCCAUAUCUCCAUCACCUCCAUCUAGGUCCCCAACACCCCCAGCCGACCCGUCUCAUUGUGGUGUCGUAUGUCUUGGCCCAGUUCAACAGGACAAACUUGAGUCAUUCCUUAAACGGGGUCAUGCCAUCCAAAAAUUCACGCAUGUUCCAUCCCUAAAAGAGUUGCAUGUUUACAAUCAAGUCAAAACCCUGUUUCGCAACAUAGGGUGGCACGGCUUGUUGAGGGUCCAUGAAUUGAGCUAUAAAGUCCCAAUAGCUGAGUUUCUAUCCUCAAUUUAUUUAGACCAUGAGAUCCUCUACUUCUGUCUAAUGAAUCAAGACUAUGAGAUCUCUUUGGAUCAAAUCAAUGCCAUUGUGGGGGCCCCAACGGAAAACACAUUUGGUCCCACUGACCCAAUUCGCGGAUACUUUGACAUGACUUGGUGGACCCAGCUCACCCAAUUACACCCAUAUGUCUCUAGCGCUGCUAAAGCCUCAUCACUUAUCCAUCCUGUGAUUAAGGUAGUCCAUAUAAUCAUUGCUUCGCUUGUCGCCCCUAGAGAGGAGCGAAGCACCAUCAACUUGUUGGAACUCAAAAUCCUCUAUGCAAUGACCCAUCUCGAGAAUAACCUCAUUCCUCAUUAUGGUUGGUUUCUGUGCCACAAGCUCAUCCGCCUUAGCACAUACCGAUCGGGAAAGAUUGUUUGCGGGGGUAUUGUCAGCAUGCUCGCCAAGAGCGCACACAUCCGAGCCCCAUACCCCGGUCCCCAUCAGCCACUGCCGGGUGAGCCUUAUCUCACCACUACUAUCCUUGAGUCCAUGCAUCUCUUCCGUUCGGCAGGCGAUGGCACACACCAUUGGACCAUGGGUCAAAAUCAUGAUCCAAAGCUCCUCAUCACACCAGAAAAUAAAGGCAUUCUUGAUUUCUGA